GCCCCGCCUUCUUUUUGGAGACAACUGCAACAAGUGCAUUAAGAUGCUCUUCGUCCUCCCCGAGACGUACUUGUUUUAAACAGCAGCUACCUUAAAUAACUAGUUACCUACGCCACCGUCACCGUAAAAGACAUUUCAGUCACCUCAACCUUUUUGUUUAGGCAUUUAUAUCUACUUGACAAGUCGAAUUUAAACAACUUUUGGCGCGACUGAAGUUUAUAGGCGAGCGCUCGCCAGCUAGCUUAAGUUGCUACUCGUAGCCUAGUUUUGUUUGCGAGGACCCACAAAAUGAAAUAGAAACUAUUUAUUUGUUUGGUUUUUCUUUUUAAUUGGCUCCCCCUCGACAUGGACGAGGGGAGCGAGGUUUCAGAAAAAGCCCGGCUAUAUUUCUAUGGCUAAAAAAGGACCAGGAGGUUUAAUAUCAGUGACUAUGAGCCAGGUAGAACCAGAGGACAGAGUCUCGUCCAUAAGCGAAGAGCCUUUCCCUCGCUUCCGCUCCUCCAACGCGGACCCUCCGAUCCGGAGUCGACCAAUCAGCGACCUGUACCCGUUCCGCGGUGAACCCGAGAGGAGCGCCGCCCCCUACCUGGAGCCAGUCAUCGUGGGCCCCGCCGCCACGGACGAGAGCCACCCGAACGGCGUGGGCUCCUCCUCCGGAAAGCCCGGCUCCUCAAGAAUCAUGAGGCUGUUUUCCAGCUCCAGGAAGGGCUCCUUUUCUGUGCCGAGUCCCUCCACCGAUGGUUCUGUCGGUCUCCCCGGACUCGGCGUUGUGGACUCAUUUAAAAAGAUGCGCUCCUCCGUGCUUCAGGGGAUUCAGAAUCGCGGAGCAAGUGGAUUUGCAUCCUCGUCCGGUCGGGAAGCUGGAAAUGCGAACGCCUUCACCAACGCCAACGGAAAGUUCACCGCGAGUCACGACAACGUUGAUUUUGACGAAGACGACGACGUCACCGAGGGCCUCCAACGCAAUUCCCGCUUCUCCCGGAGUAUGAGGAGAGCGUAUGAAGCCGGACGCAUUACCAUGUUGGACACGGACGAGGAGAGCCUCGCAGCGGGCAGCGCUGAGCACAAGAAAGCCGAGAUCAACGGGCAAGCGGAUAACUUGUCCAAUGCGACCCUGCUGAGCCGACUGAGUAGGAGUGCGGAAAACCUUUACCUUUUUAAAAUUCCGUUCAGGCGCAAGACCCUCACCCCGUCCCCUCAGACGGACCCUCAAAGCACCACAGCAACAAAUGGGGCUCCGAAUAUUCAGAGGACCAGCAGCGCCUCCUCGAUGGACCUCAGCGGUCUCAGGAAGAGCCCGGUAAGAGUGAAGGGGCAAAUGCUUAAGCUGGUGGGCAGCAUUAGCGACGUGAACAACCUGCGCCGACAAAGUCAGUCACCUUCUCCGACCUCACCCGCUCCCAUGUCGCCCCUGAGCCGUCUCCACGAUGACUACUCCCGACGCGUGCCUUGCCGGAGCACCAGCGAGCGACGGCGCCGACCCUCACCCGUCAGACCCCGGGUUAUGUCCGCCGGGCACGCCCCGCUGGUUCACGCCCCGCUUGUUCACGCGCCGCCUCAACUGGACGUGGCCGUGCCGCAGCGUCCCCUCUCCGUGGCAGACGGAUCCAUGGAAAUCACCACGUGCGGGUUUGUGUCAGAAGACCAGUCGCCCCCUCAUACCCGAACAGACGAGCUACCAAAUGAGGUCACGUCAGAAGAGAGGGAGCAAGUGUUGCAACAAGAUGGCAACUCCUCUGAAACCAGCCCCAGAACUUCUCCAGCAUCCCCAGUCUUCCUCCCAGACUCGCCCACGUCGCCCGCCUCGGAGGCCCCCGCCAUCAAGUCCCGGCGACAGAGCGGGCGCCCGAGACCGCGGCCCAUCUCGGACUACGGGCAGCUCCUCUCCAGGAGGCACUGCAUCCCCGAGGAGGCGGCCGACCUGAACCCUGACGAGAGGACGCGCUCGCUUCAUCCGGAAUGUCUCGGGAACGGCGUGUGCGACAGCGGCCAGGAGUGCGGCGUGAGCGCUAACAUCCUAGGCAGGCGGCAGCAGCAGCGACCCGUGUCUGUGAUGGGGGUGGAGGACUUGUACUCCCCCGACGCAGAUGAAGAGUGCAUUCCUUCUUCCCUGUCGCGGCCACCCAUCCCCUCCCACCAGGUGCCCCCCUACAGGGCAGUCUCGGCCAGGUUCCGCCCCCCCACCCUCUCCCAGAGCACCCCCAUUGGACUGGACCGCGUGGGCAGGAGAAAGCUGCACCGGGUGCUCAGCGACGGCGUGGCCAGAGGCUCGGCGGCGUUGGAUGACAGCGUGAGCGAGGAAGAGGAGGAAGAGGGCAGCUUCGACGAGCUGGCCGAUGGCACGCCCUACCUGGAGCCAGGCGUGGAGCUGUCCGUGCUGGUGGAGUGGAUCAGCUCGGGUCACGCCGUGUACGCUGAGGCCCUGUGGGACCAUGUGACCAUGGAGGAGCAGGAGCUGGCCUUCAAGGCGGGCGAUGUAAUCCGCAUCCUGGAUGCCUCGCACAAGGACUGGUGGUGGGGCAGGGGGCCUGACAAGGAGGCCUGGUUCCCCUCCAGCUUUGUCCGGGUGCGUGUGAACCAGGAGGACUCCAGCGCGGGGAGCGUGGAGAGCGUGGCGGACCAGGAGGACCCGACUCCUCGGGAGGCGCACAGCAGCCACCACAGGCAGCAGAUGAGGACCAACGUGGUGCAGGAGAUCAUGAGCACUGAACGCGUCUACAUCAAGCACCUGAAAGACAUCUGCGAGGGUUAUAUUCGUCAGUGCCGCAAGCACCCCGAAAUGUUCACUGAGCUCCAGCUGAAAACCAUCUUUAGCAACAUUGAAGACAUCUACAAAUUCCAGAGGCAGUUUCUACGCGAGCUGGAGAAAAAGUACAACAAGGACCAGCCGCAUCUCAGUGAAAUCGGCUCUUGCUUUCUCUUGCAGGGCGAGGGCUUUUCCAUCUACUCGGAGUACUGUAACACCCACCCAGCGGCCUGCGCCGAACUGCAGCGCCUGAUGAAGUCCGGCCGCUACAAGCACUUCUUUGAGGCCUGCCGCCUCCUGCAGCAGAUGAUUGACAUUUCCAUCGCCGGCUUCCUGCUCACUCCUGUCCAGAAAAUCUGCAAAUACCCCCUGCAGCUAGGGGAGCUGCUCAAGUACACCCCUAAAGAGCACAGCGACCACGGCGGGGUGAGCGAUGCCUACGAGGCCAUGAAGAACGUGGCAAGUCUGAUCAACGAGAGGAAGCGGCGGCUGGAGAGCGUGGACGCCAUCGCCCACUGGCAGGUGGCCAUUCUGCGCUGGGAGGGCCCCGACGUGCUGGUGCGCAGCUCUGAGCUGAUCCACUCCGGGGAGCUGACUCGGAUCCUCCGCCAGGGUAAAAUGCAGCAACGCAGCUUCUUCCUGUUCGACCACCAGCUGGUAUUCUGCAAGAAGGACAUCCUGCGCCGGGACCUCCUCCACUACCGAGGGUGGCUGGAUAUGGACCUCACCGAAGUGCUUGACGUGCCCGACGGGCGGGACCCGGACCUGGGCCUGACCCUGAGGAACGCUGUACGGCUGCGCCAUGCCAACACUCUGGAGUUUGUGUGCAUGCUGUGCUGCAGGAAGCUCCAGGACAAGGAGCGGUGGCUACAGGCCUUCAAGAAGGAGAGGCGGCGGGUCAAAGAGGACCAGGAGAUGGGAAUAGAAAUCAGCGAGGAGCAAAGGAAGCAUGCUAUUGCUAACGCCAGAAGAGCAAAACAGGGCAAGAUCCAAACUUUGGGCUACUCCAGCUCCAUACCGCCUCACCACCAAAACCUCCACCCGCUCCACCAACGCCACGUGACCAUCCCCACCAGCGUGCCCCAGCAGCAAGUGUUCGCCCUGGCCGAGCCGCCCAAGCGAAAGCCUUACCAGCUACUCUACAGCAUCACCCGCAGUGCCUUUUUCAGGAAGUGAACCGGGCGUCCGUCCAUUCCCUCGAAUGUACUCGUUAUGCCUUAGAUAAAGAAGUGGCGACUAGUGUUAAAAUACCAACUGUUUUGUUCUGCCAUUUCUCUGUGACAAAUGAGCUCUGUUCUACUUUGACGUUGAUUCGUAUUUUAUUUGACAAAGGCUGGAACCUAUUUGUUGUUUGUUUUUAUUUGAAUUCCUGCUGCUGAACACCUUGUCUAUUAAUAAUAUUGUUAAUAAAAGUCUUGGACGAAAAAGGUC